AUGACCACCCUCCGCGAUCAAGGGCGUCACAUCGGCCCCGUCAACGUCGAGCAAGUGCUCAAGGACGUCAACAUCCUCGGCUCCGUCACCGACCAGACCCGCAAGAUCCUCAGCAAGGAAGCCGUCGUCUUCCUCGCCGUCCUCCACCGCACAUUCAAUGGCACCCGCAAGGCGCUGCUCCAGCGUCGCCAGAUCCGACAAGCCGAGCUCGACAAGGGCAACUUGCUAGACUUCCUCCCCGAGACGCAGCAUAUCCGCGAGAACGAUGCGUGGAAGGGCCCGCCGCCUGCGCCGGGUCUGGUAGAUAGACGGAUUGAGAUUACCGGACCGACGGAUAGGAAGAUGGUUGUGAAUGCGCUGAACUCGGACGUGUGGACGUACAUGGCGGACUUUGAAGACUCGAGCGCACCAACCUGGGAGAACAUGAUCAACGGCCAGCUGAACCUCUACGACGCCAUCCGCAAGCAGGUCGACUUCAAGCAGGGUGAGAAGGAGUACAAGCUCCGCACCGACCGCGUCCUACCCACACUCAUUGCGCGUGCUCGAGGCUGGCAUUUGGAGGAGAAGCACUUCACCGUCGACGGCGAGCCGAUCUCUGGCUCGCUGUUCGAUUUCGGCUUGUACUUCUUCAACAACGCGGAGGAGCUCGUCAAGCGUGGCACAGGGCCGUACUUCUACCUGCCGAAGAUGGAGAGCCAUCUUGAGGCGAGACUGUGGAAUGAUGUUUUCAAUCUCGCGCAAGACUAUAUUGGUAUGAGGAGGGGUACGAUCCGAGGCACGGUGCUUAUCGAGACGAUUCCGGCUGCCUUCGAGAUGGAUGAGAUCAUCUACGAGCUCCGCGACCACUCCUCCGGCCUCAACUGCGGCCGCUGGGACUACAUCUUCUCCGUCAUCAAGCGCUUCCGGCAAAACAGCGCCUUCGUCCUGCCCGACCGCAGCAGCGUCACCAUGACCGUCCCCUUCAUGGACGCCUACGUCAAACUCCUCAUCAAAACGUGCCAUCGCCGCGGCGUCCACGCCAUGGGAGGCAUGGCCGCCCAGAUCCCCAUCAAAGACGACAAGGAAGCCAACGACAAGGCGAUGGAUAGCGUGCGCGCCGACAAACUCCGCGAAGUCCGUGCGGGCCACGACGGGACUUGGGUCGCUCAUCCGGCGCUCGCGGGUAUCGCCGCCGAUGUCUUCAACACGAACAUGCCCACACCCAACCAACUCCACGUGCGUCGGGAAGACGUCCACAUCACCGCCAACGACCUGCUCAACAUGAACGUCCCCGGCAAAAUCACCGAAGAGGGCAUCCGCAAGAACCUCAACAUCGGGCUGGGCUACAUGGAAGGCUGGCUCCGCGGCGUGGGGUGCGUGCCCAUCAACUACCUCAUGGAGGAUGCGGCGACGGCGGAAGUCUCGCGCUCGCAGCUGUGGCAGUGGGUCAAGCAUGGCGUCCCCACGGCCGAAGGCAAGAAGGUGGACAAGGCGUACGCGCUGAAGCUGUUGCAGGAGCAGGCGAGUGAGUUGGAGGGCAAGGCGCCCAAGGGGAACAAGUAUCAGCUUGCCGCCAAGUACUUUGGCACGCAGGUUACUGGGGAGGAUUAUGCGGAGUUUUUGACGUCGCUGCUUUAUAAUGAGAUUACGAAUGUGAGUGAGAAGACGCCGGCGGCCAAGCUUUGA